AUGAAAAAAUAUCUUCUAAUCAGUUUAUUAUUAUUGAAUAUUGUAACUUAUUCUUUGGCAACUCUUGUCGAUGGAAUUGUUACAUUAAGUUGGUCACCAAAUGAACCUACACCAUUAAUUGAUCGAUUUUUAUCAAAUAAUACUCAAAUUCAAUUACAAAUUCUUUGUCAUGAAUCAACAACAAAUGUUAGCGUAGUUUUAGAUCAAGUUAAAAAGAAAUCAUAUAAAUUUAAUAAAGCACCUAAAGAUGUAACUAUUAAAAUUCGUGGUCGAAUUGGUCGUGUUGUUGGAUGUUUACCAUUACAAUCGGAUACAUUAAUGAAUAUAGCUCAGGAAGAUAAAAAUGCUCAAAAAAGUCUUUCACAAGCAUAUUAUGAUCAAAUAUGGAAUGAAAUGGAACAAAGAACAUUUACAGCUUCACAAUCAGAUUGUGAUUAUUCUGGUGCACAUUUAUAUAUUGAAGAAUAUUCGGAUAUUAAAAAACCGAAAAUAUCAAAAGAAGAAGCGAUUAAAACACGAGAAAAACAACUUCAAAGUAGUACAAAUAAUAAAAAAGUACGUCGUGCAACUGAAGAAAAAUCUUCACCAUUGGUGAAUGGUUUACGUUCAAGUACAGGAACAGUACUUACAUGGGGUGAUGGUUAUUAUCUUAUUGAAAUUUAUCAACCAGAAAUCUUAGGUACAAAUAAUCCAGUAUUUAAUGUUGAUCUUGUUGUAUCAAUGAAAAAUCAUCGUGGAACUUAUAUUACAGCUGAUGAACGUCCAUCAUUAAU